GGCGGGCUCGGCGGGGGCGGGCUGCGGGCCUCGGCGCUCCCCAGCGGAACUGGUUCCUGCUGGGUCUGGGUCGCCGCCGCCCAGGUUCUCUCGCUCAUGGUGCGCCUGUGAGGCGGUCCGCAGGCCGACGUGUCCUCGGCAUGGAGCACAUCCGUACGACCAAGGUUGAGCAAGUGAAAUUACUUGACCGAUUCAGUACCAACAACAAGUCAUUAACAGGAACACUAUAUCUUACGGCCACACAUCUAUUAUUUAUAGACUCUCAGCAGAAAGAAACCUGGAUAUUGCAUCAUCAUAUUGGCUCAGUGGAGAAAUUGGCUUUGACGACUUCUGGAUGCCCACUUGUGAUUCAGUGCAAGAACUUCAGGAUUGUGCAUUUCAUUGUUCCCAGAGAAAGAGAUUGCCAUGAUAUUUACAACUCUUUGCUACAACUGUCAAAACAAGCAAAAUAUGAAGAUCUCUAUGCGUUCUCUUAUAACCCCAAACAAAAUGAUUCUGAACGACUGCGAGGUUGGCAGCUUAUUGACCUUGCCGAGGAAUAUAAGAGAAUGGGCGUGCCAAAUUCAAACUGGCAGUUGUCUGAUGCUAACCGAGAAUACAAGAUUUGUGAAACUUAUCCUAGAGAACUUUAUGUUCCCCGAAUAGCAAGCAAACCAAUAAUUGUUGGUAGUUCUAAGUUCCGGAGCAAGGGAAGAUUUCCAGUUCUUUCCUACUAUCAUCAAAAUAAGGAGGCUGCCAUUUGUCGAUGCAGUCAACCACUGUCAGGAUUCAGUGCCAGGUGUCUGGAAGAUGAACAUUUGCUUCAAGCCAUUAGUAAAGCCAAUCCAGCCAAUCGCUAUAUGUAUGUCGUGGAUACCAGGCCUAAACUGAAUGCAAUAGCCAACAGAGCAGCUGGAAAAGGUUAUGAAAAUGAAGACAACUAUUCUAAUAUUAGAUUUCAGUUUGUUGGAAUUGAAAAUAUUCAUGUCAUGCGGUCCAGCCUUCAGAAGUUAUUGGAAGUCUUAGACAAUAUAUACUUUCAGUACAUCUCAGUUUGGACUACCUACAUUUCAGUUAAUGGUACCAAAGGGCUUUCUGUCAAUGAUUUCUACUCUGGUUUGGAGAGCUCAGGAUGGCUUCGCCAUAUCAAAGCUGUCAUGGACGCUGCAAUCUUCUUAGCCAAAGCAAUAAUGGUGGAAAAUGCAAGUGUGUUGGUUCAUUGUUCUGAUGGCUGGGAUAGAACUUCCCAGGUUUGUUCCCUUGGCUCUCUUUUAUUGGAUUCCUACUACAGAACAGUCAAAGGAUUCAUGGUUUUAAUAGAAAAGGAUUGGAUCUCCUUUGGACAUAAAUUUUCAGAGAGGUGUGGCCAUUUGGAUGGAGACCCAAAGGAAGUUUCACCAGUGUUUACUCAGUUCUUGGAAUGUGUGUGGCAUUUGACUGAACAGUUUCCACAAGACUUUGAAUUCAAUGAAGCGUUUCUUCUUCAGAUUCAUGAACAUAUUCAUUCAUGCCAAUUUGGAAACUUCCUUGGAAAUUGUCAGAAGGAAAGAGAAGAACUCAAGUUAAAAGAGAAGACUUACUCCUUGUGGCCAUUUCUUCUGGAUGACCAAAAGAAGUACUUAAAUCCACUGUACAGUUCCAAUUCUCAGAAAUUUGCUGUUUUGGAGCCAAAUACAGCAUCUUUCAAUUUUAAGUUUUGGAGAAACAUGUACCACCAAUUUGAUCGAACGUUGCAUCCCAGGGAGUCGGUGUGUAACAUAAUUAUGAAUAUGAAUGAGCAGAAUAAACAAUUAGAGAAAGACAUUAAAGACUUAGAAUCUAAAAUUAAUAAACGCAAAAAUGAGCAAAUAGAUGGAGUUCUCACCAAGGAAUUGUUACAUCCAGUUCAUCCUGAGUCACCUAUCAUCAAAACCUCCCUAUGUUUUAAGGAGCAGACUCUGUUACCUGUGAAUGAUACUCUUCGAACUAUAGAGGGCAGCAACCCAGCGGAUAAUCGUUACAGUGAAUACGCUGAGGAGUUUUCCAAAUCCGAACCUGCUGUGGUCAGCUUAGAGUAUGGUGUGGCAAGAAUGACUUGUUAGACUCCUAGAGUAUUUUCUGGACUGACUGUAAUGCAAGAAAUGGAUCAUUGUAAGGAUGAUCUGUGUGCAUGAUGAAAAGGAAUUUGUCUAAUAAAGAUCUUAGAGUUUAAUAGUAGAUUAAUUGUUUAAGGAAGGAAAAUAACUGCUCUUGUGAGAGGAGUUAGUGUAACUGCAUUUCUAGUAAGGAAUGACUUUCAGUUCUUUAAGAAACAAGUGAUAUUGACAUUUAUUCAAAACACAAUUUGCAUUGUAUACUAGCAAAUUGACAUUUCUGUAUGAUUUAUAUGAUAAUUAGAAUCAAACAUAAGUAGCUUUACUUAACUAUAAUUUAAUUACCAGUAAACAGAACUUGACAAGGCAGUCCCUUAAUAAAUGACAUGGCAUGUUCUUUCAAUUAUGCAACCAUGUAACUGAAUUUUUACAUAUUUUACCUAUAGUGAUGUUUAAUGUUGUGCCAUGAAAAAGAUUUCUAAGAAAGCCUUAAAAUCUCAGUUUAUUCUUUACUCUUAGGUUUUAUAGCCGAGAGCAGAAUUUUGUGUUUGGUUUUCUUUUUGCCAGCCUUGUUUUAUCUGUGAAGUCUGUACUCAUUACUGCAGGCCUUGCAUGCUACAGUACUCCUAUAUAGAAAGUUGCACAGGCACACUGUUAAGUUCAUGUGUAGCUCAUCCCACUUCCUUGUCAAAAUGAAACCACAGUUUUUAUUCCAUUUACAAUUUGCUUAGUACUACAUUUGAUGACUUAUUUACAACAUAGGUUAUUGAUUUUUUAAAAUAUGUUUUAAGCACAUUUGACUAUCUUUUAUAUAUGGGUUACUGCAUUCUAUUGAUUCUUAUUUAGUGGUUGGCUUUAUUCUUUUGAUAACUGUAAUUUUAAAAAUACAAAGUUCUAAAGCUGUUUUUAGAGCAAUGAAUAAUACGUACGUAUUUUAAAAUUGUUUUAUCUCUCAAUGAGUUAUUGCUCUUCCUAGAAUAUUUUACUUUCAGUUUACCUAAACAUUUUGGGAUAAAAAUCAAAAGGGGAAUACAGAUAGUUAUAUUUUGCUUGAUUAUAUGAAUCUUAAAGCAGUCAUUUCUAUAUGGAAUACUAUUUUCUGUUAAUAUAUAAGUAAAAAGAGGAAAAUGAAAGGUAGCCCAAUACAAAGUUAAUAUUUAACAAAAACAACUUAACUGCUGGGAAGAGUUUCAUUUUGCCAUGUUUUGAAAAAAUAGCACUGGUAGUUGAUGGUUAGGCAACCCACAUUCACACAGGGCCUGGAUGCCUUAGGUAGGACUGGAGCCAGCUGGCUUCAGAAUAGAAAAUGUAAGUAACAUGGUGGCACGAGCUAUAAUUCAAGGGUAUAAAGAAAUCUGCAAAGGGCCAUUCAUGCUUCUCUUUAUUAUACCUAUAUCUAUUAUUAGUUUUGAGCAUAAAUAUCUUUUUCAAGUGGAACAAAAGCUUUAUUGUAUGAGAACUUAUCAAAUCCCAUUUAUUUUUCCAAUGCUUUUCUGUAACAAAUUAUGUAAUAAAAAUACCCCUUUAUAAGCAGUAACAGAAAUACACUGUAUAUAAAAUAUAAUUUGUGAUAUUUAAGCACUGGGACAGGAAACUUAAUCUUUGUGACCACAAAGGGAAAGCUUUUGUGCCUUGUUAUUUGGUUCCAAUACUGAUUGUGGUUUUAGAAUCUUCCGUAGAAGACUUUCUAUAGUCAGCUCUUUGGUUUAUUAUCUUACAGUCUUCAACUUGAGGCACAUAUAUGUAUGUUUAGGUGUUCUCACAUGGACUGAAAAAUCAGUUAACAUUCUAUAUAGGGUAUAUAUUGGCAAAAGGCAGAUUGUGUAUGUCUUAUAAAGUUGGAUUUAUGUUCAAUGUGUUUGGGAAUGUAUAGCAUGUAAAUUAUUUCAUAUAUUAUUUAAAGGUAAUUAAAUGUUCAGGUUUUACUUUAAA